AUGGCGGGAAGCCAUCCGAUGCCGGCCGACGAGGAAGAAUUUCACGACGACAUCCACGCAAACGCCAUGCUCAACGCGGCGGAGGAUUUCAAGCCGUCCGAUUACAGCAACAUCAUCCGACGGUACUCGCACCUCGGCGCCACGCAUCCGAGUAACCCGCUUACUGUCGCGAAAGCUGGCGAAGACGAAAAAUCCGCCGGGGGGAAGACGCGCCGGUCGCAGUCCACAGGCGGAGGCGUGAAGAAGGGCAAGGGGUCAUCUGUGGCAUCGACGCUUGGGCGCGCAGCGGCGCGCGUUGGGAGGACGCUGGGCGCAAAGGGCGGGUCGCUCGCCAAGUCCAAGUCCUCCGUGGCGCCCCUUCAGUCCGACGAUGAGUUCUCCAAGCAAUCAGAGCAGCCGUCGAUGCCCAUCGUGCUGCAGCCGUUCAUGGGAUCGUACGGCUCAGAGACGAAGGCGCUGCAGGAGGAGAAUCGACGGCUGCGGGAGAGGAUCGCGAUGCUGGAAGCCGUUCACGCAGAGGAGGCGGAGGAGAGCGACGACUUGGCGCGCCAUCGCGUGCGAAUGCUCAAGUCGUCAAACUUGCAGCUAGAGCAGCAGAGCUCUGCCUUUCUGAGAGGUGACGUCGGUCAUUUUAACAGCUGCAUUCCUGUUGAGGCAACGUUGUUGGUUCUCGCAAGCCAUGCCACGUGUCUCCCCGUCUGUCCCGAUCGUUCCUUUCCGCAACCAGCUGCUGAGCGCCAUGAACACAAGUUCCCCCGCCCUCCACCCUAUUUCCGCCUAGCCCAAUUUAUCCGCCUCCACCUUUUUUCCGCCUUCCUCCUUCCCCCUUCCCCCCAACAGCUGCUUGCCUCCGAGUCCGCGUCGCUCACGGCGAAGGCGAUUCGCAACGAGCUGCUGAGUGCCAUGGACCAUCUCCACCGUACCGUCGGCGCGCUGCACGUGCGCGCGGAGGAGGACGAGGCGGAAGGGGAGCAGGCGGAAGGGGAAGCCGCGGAGGGCGCGGGCGGGGCGGAGAUGGGGAACUCGCACGCGGGGACUCUGGAACAGACAUUGCUGCCAGCUGCCGCGAUCUUAUUGGACGACGCGCAGCACGCCGCGGUGCAGGAGGAGAAGGGGAGCGCAGGCGAAGCGGUCGCGGCGGCGGCGGUGGCGAAGGGGGUGAGCACGGUAGGCGCAGCGCAGCAGCCGCUGACGCGGCGGAACUCGUUCGGGGGACGCGGCUCCGCCGCGCUCGCUUCCGCCGCGCGCCCCAGCACUCCCACCAGCCGCGGCACCUCGUCGUUCGCUAGCGGCUCUCCACGUGCCACGACCCCGCGCGCAACGCCCUCCGCCGGAAAGGGGAGCGCGUCGCCCACGGUGGGCGCACGGCGCGGUGGCGCGGCGGCGGGGAGCGCGGGGAAGGGAAAGACCAGUGGCGGAAGCUUCAAUGCGCGCGGGUGGGGAGUCGGCCCGGGGAAGCGGAACGGCGCGAACAAUAAAACUGCGGACAAAAAGACCGCCGCAUCUGGCGCCGCGAAUGACGGAGACGGCGGCAUGGAUUUGACCUCUGCGGGGAGCCGCAGCGCGAGCAUGAAAGACGGGCCGCUGGUGCUAGACCCCUCUAUAGUCACAUCUUCUGCUGUGUCCACACCUAUGGGCACGCCGCGCGCGGGGAGUACUCCCGCGGGAAGCCCGUUCGCCGCGUCGGCCGCGGCAGCCACUCCCGCGCCAACACUUGGCAGCCUGCUGGCGGCGUCGGGCCAGGUGGCGAUCGCGAAGGAGAAGCUCGAGGAGCUCGCGAUGUGGAGCAAAGAAGCGCGGGAAAAGGUUCUGAUGCUGCUGCCCGCGCCGGGCGGAAAGGUCGGCGAGCUGCCCGCGGAGGAAGGCGCGGGGAAGGCGGAGGACGCGGAAGCCGCGGGGGGAGCCGGCGGAGCGGAUAGGACGAGCAUGAAGGCGAUGGGCGCACCGGAGCUGCCGUGUGCGGGGAACCGAUUCAUGGCGACAAACGAGGACGGCGACCCAGUCGCGGGCAUCGCGGCGAACAUUUGCCGCUCCAUCGAAGGGACCGCGCCGCUGCUGGAGUACGCGCGCGUGCACGAGCUGGAGGGGCGGCUGGCGGACCUCCACCCGCGCCUGCUCGCGCUCUCGUCGCUCCUCGAUAAUGUCGUCUUCCCCAGCCUGCCCGCCGAGACGUCCAGCGCAGUGCUGCAGGAGAUCCGCGUCGCCAUCGCUGACGUGUACGACACCACGCGCGCGCUCUCCGAGCUGGCGGCGCUCGUGCCAGCAGGCGCACAGCUAUUCGGCGUGGGAACCGGGGAGAGCCUGAUGCUGGCAGCAGCAGCAGCCAGGGCGGCCGGAGCAGAGGAGGGAGGAGGAGGAGGGGUCGAGGGGGAGAUGAUGGAAGUUCAGCAGAGGCUGGAGUGGGAGAGGGAGAGGAGGAGGAGGGAGGGAGUGAGUGUGGCAGACCUCCCUUCAGUGGAACAGCUGCUGACAGCGGGGCUUGCCGGGAUCGUGGGAGAUGGGGGGGGCUUUGGGGGAGGGAUGGGGGGCGGAGGGGAGGGGGAGGUGCAGGCGCGGGUGGCGGAGGUGGUGGGGAGGUGUCGCAAGGUGGAGGCGCUGUGGCGUGCGGAGAUGUCGGGGCUGCAGGAGGAGAUGGGGUUCUACCGUGGCUGCCACGCUGCCCAGGCAUCGCACGUGAAGCAGAUAGCAUCAGCAGCAAAGGAUGCGCUGCAGACAGUGCUGGGCGAUGCACACGAGAUUGUCUCUGCUGCCGCCACGUCCAUCCAAAAGCGGCGAUUGCAGAUUCUGCUGGCAGUGACCGACUUUGAGAGCGAGCCCACGCCGGAGAUGAUGCAGCAGCUCGCAGCCAAAGUCAAGGAGGAGGCGGGCACGCUGAGGCGCUUUGCGGAGUUGCUGCCGCAGGCCUUCUCAGCCGAGGCCAAGGUGGCCGAGGUGUUCGACCCGCUGGAGCGCGAGUUCAAGGAGAGGAUGCAGGCUGUGUUUGAGACCCUCCAGGCUCGGCGAGCAGCGCUGGCUCGGCAGCGCAAUGAGCUGCACGGGCAGAUCAGCGGGCGGUUUGCAAACCAGUCUGGGCAGCAGGGGAAGGGCAAGCUAAUGCGGGUCAUUUCCCUGCUGCAGCAGUAA